UUGAUUAGAGAAAGAGAGAGAGAGAGAGUAGUGGGUUUCAUAUUAGGCUGUCAGACAUUACGGUCCCGUGGUGAACUACCUGUCGUCUUCCGCUGGGGGCGUGUCUCCAGGAGCGCUCGUCAGAGGAGCGGGAGCCCGGCUGUCACUCAAAGUGGACUUGUUGAUUCCGCCGCAUCAUCUGCCCUAUUCGGAGUGACGCCGUCGAUCGGUCGAGAAUCAAGGAAAAGAAAAUGACAGAGAUUAGCAGCUCGGAAGAUGACCUGGACUUGCCUUUCGAGGAGUCGAUGAUUGGUCAGCUGAAUUCCCUGGAAAAGUAUGCAAGUGAGGAAUUUCAGAAAUUAAAAGAAAGUAACAAAAGCCUCCGUGAAUCACUAGAUCACCAGAUGAUCAGUGACAUGGCUGCACUUAAGACCGAGCUCAGCGCCUUAAAAUCACGCGUAGCAGAGCAAGGCCAAGAGAUAGAGGAGCUGAGAAAGCAGCUGGAAGGAAAGGGCAGCGGUGCUCCUGCACACUCAGGAGGCCAGAAGAGACCAGCUUCCUCGGCCGAGUGUGCUCCUGAACGGAAGCAGAGACGGUCCGAAGAGCUGGACGAGAUCCUGGAGCCAUUCUGGCCAGAGAGAUCAGAUGCACGGGAGAGGCUGACUGAAAGGCAGCAGGCCUUCUUCAACUAUAUGAUGGACGUGCUGAAAAUCAAAGAUCGGAGAAACCUGGAGACGAACGCGACGACGGUCCUCAACGAAGGGGUUUCCAGGGGCCUCUGGGAGGAGGACUGGACUCCUGCAGAAAUUAAAGGGACAUUCCAGCAAUACCUUGUAGGAAAAAUAAAAAAAUAUGUGACAGAGAGACAAAAGAAACUCUUCCAGGAGAGAGAGCUAGAUAGGCUCAGAAAAAUGGUUGGCUAGGAAGAAGA